AUGCUCAGAAUCUUAAAGAAGUAUUUGUAUGUCAUCAGUGAAGUUACUAGAUCAAUGUUUCUUCAGGAACAAUACAGUGAUUCAGUUGCUUCAAGGAAUACAAGCUGCACUUGUGGUGAUCCAGACACUAGGUUGUUGGAUUUAUUACAUCUAAGAACAUAUUCCUAUUAUUAUACACUUAUUUCUCUAAAGAGUGGUCAAGAAGCAUUGCUAGGCCGUCAAGAAGCAUUAGAAAAAAAACAAGAUGCAAUGCAACUUCAAAUGACAAGUUUCUACAAUGAAUUUAAAGAUCGGGAAUUUCCAGAUAGAACUAUUGUAAUUUCUACCAGUACUAUUACUGGCAUCAUUCCAAGACCCAUAUCAAAAAUCAACGAUAUAACUUUAAAGCAUAUAUAUAAGAUGAUAACAGACAAUCUUAGAAUAGAAUUGACUGAGGAAACCAAGAGAAUUGUUAACACAUGUAACAAGGUCAUAUGUGAUCAACUGGCAGCUCUUCCAUCUGUUCAGGAUCUUGGAACAAACCCUGCCUGGUCAUUGUUUCCUCAAGAGGAUAAAAACAGGCUGUGUAUCAAUCAUUCUAUCAUACUCAGAGACAAUAGAAUCAAUUUUACCAGAUGCCACAGAAACUGGGCAUCAAUUGCAAGGGUUAGCCAGCUCUGGAAAGGGUGUAAGAAGCGAGAAUACUCUGCCAGUAUGAUUCAUGAAUAA